CAAAGUGCACGAGGGCGGAGCAGCGCAUCAUGUGACAAGCAUGUGACCUUUUCAGGACAACAGAACUCUCCGAGCUCGAAGCGGCAACAUUCCUUCCCACACAUCGUUUGGAUUAAAGACGCUUGCCUCCAACUUUGACGAAGUGUUGUUUACGACAGGGAAGACACAAGUUGGCCUCCCGCUUGACGGAGGAGCUCGCCACGGUUUACGUCCCACCUCGCGAGUGCGCUUGUCUCUCCGAUAAAGGACACGAUGCGACGCGAAGGCUUCUUCUUGCAAAGAGGAGAAGAAGAUGGAGGGUGCACGCGCUCUGAGAGCACUGGAACAGGAAGCGUGGAGCAGCUGUUUAUAUAUCCCGCCUUCUCCCUCCAUCCUCACCCCCGCCGUCCCCCUCCCCCUCCCCCGGUCUCAGUGUGCCUCAGCUUGCCGUCGCCGUGGAUGUUCGUCAAGCAGAUCCCAGCCUCUUCAUUCCUGCUAGAACAAAACAACUCUUUGACUUUUCUGCCUCUGCUGGGAUUUAAACUCUUUGUUUGUGUGAGGGCGAGCAACAAACUAUGUCCACAGGUGAGAGUGGAGCUGUGGAAAGUCCUCACAUAGGCAGACGUGUACUUCCUGAAAGAUUGAUGAGGUCCUCACAGGACCCACAAAGCCUGGUCCAGCGUUGAUAAGGCGGCUUCCAUUUCACCCCCCAUUCAUCCCUCCUCCUCUUUUUAAUUGGACGCCACAGGACGAGGGGGCGUGGCCGCUAACGGCGGCCUGAUGGAAAAUUUAGGGCCCUUGGCGGAAAAGCACGAGCGCCAGGAGCCAUGAAAGGCCGCAAGAAGAACGCCUCGGCUCGGGUGUGCGGCUCCAUGCUGGAGAGCGGCGAGCGGGAGGACGCCAUGUUGUUGUCAAAGUGGCGGUGGAGCAGGAUCGCCGUGAAGUCACAGAGCUGAGAGGAGCCCAACACACACACGGGACAAUGUGCAACAUCUCCUUCUGCAAUGUGGACAGCAAGGUGGACCAGUACUUCCAGCCGGCGCUCUACAUCUUCGUCAUCGUGCUGGGCCUGCCCACCAACUGCAUGGCAUUGUGGGCCGCCUACAUGCAGGUGCGCCAACACAACGAGCUGGGCGUCUACCUGAUCAACCUGUCGGUGGCAGACCUGCUGUACAUCAGCACGCUUCCUCUCUGGAUCGACUACUUCCUGCAGCGCGACGACUGGAUCCACGGCCAGGAGAGCUGCAAGCUGUUUGGCUUCAUCUUCUACACCAACAUCUAUGUCAGCAUCGCCUUCCUCUGCUGCAUCUCUCUGGACCGCUACCUGGCGGUGGCGUACCCCAUGAGGUUUGUCAAGGUGCGACGCAUCAAAACAGCCAUGUUGGUCAGCGCCAUGGUCUGGGUCAUCGAGAUCGUUGCCAACUCUGCGCCGCUGUUCCACGACGAGCUCUUCCAGGGUCGCUUCAACCACACCUUCUGCUUCGAGAAGUACCCCAUGCAGGACUGGGUGGCCGGCAUGAACCUCUACAGGACCUUCCUGGGCUUCCUGGCCCCGUGGACCGCCAUGCUGGUGGCCUACCGCGGCAUCCUGGCCGCCGUGCGCUGCAACGUGUCCACCGAGCGCGAGGAGAAGGCCAAAAUCCAGCGCCUGGCGCUGAGUCUGAUCCUGAUCGUGCUGCUGUGCUUCGGGCCGUACCACGUCCUGCUGCUGGUGCGCAGCGCCAUCUACCUGUGGAAGCCGUGCGACUGCGGCUCGGAGGAGAGCUUGUUCGCCGCCUACCACGUCUCGCUGGCGCUCACCAGCCUCAACUGCGUCGCCGACCCCAUCCUCUACUGCUUCGUCAACGAGGGGGCGCGCCACGACGUAGGCCGCGCGCUCUCCGCCUUGAUGUCCGCGGCGUGCCACAGGGGCGCCGCCGGCUCGCCGUCUCACGCCGACGUGCUCAACGCCGCCUCCGUGACCGUGGAAACCCCCCUGGCGGCGAAGAAGCAGCCGUGCGCUUACACGGACGGCGGAAAAACCAGCGGCUACAAGACGGAACUGGUGGCGCUGAAGGAGGAAUGUCUGCAGAUGAGCAUCCUCAGGAAGUGACGCCCGGAAAAAUGUGGAAGGUACCGGAACAAGUUGGUGGCGAGAAGAACCGGAAGAUGACCAUCACGUCUGUCAGGACUUUAGGACUGCACUCAUGCACGCUCAAGCCACGCCCACUUGGCUUCUUUCGUCUGCUUCUUUUUUUCUUUCUUUUUUUAAACAGUCAAGUCUGUAAGUUAUUAUGUUGAUGAGAAUAAAAGGUCAAAUCUA